AUGAAUUCCUCAAAUGCCACCACUACCACAGCCGCUUCUCGUCUUUCCGAGUCCAUACGAGAUCUCGUCUCUCAGGACUUCAGCAAGCUGAUGCUGGACAUUGCCAAUCCCGGUCACUACCUGCUGAUUGACAUCGGCGCCAAUCUGACCAAUCGCAAGUUUGCCAAAGACCUCGACGCGGUUCUCCAGCGGGCUCGUGACGUCGGCGUGUGCAAGAUACUAGUCACCGGCACCUCCAUCAGCAGCAGCAAAGAUGCACUACGACUGUCUCACCUUCACCCAGACAUGCUCUACUGCACAGCCGGUGUCCAUCCGCAUGACGCCAAACAGUGGACAGAUGACUGCGAAGUUGCGCUGACAGAACUUGCCAGGAACAGCGAAUGCGUCGCCAUUGGAGAGUGUGGACUUGAUUACAAUCGCGACUUUUCCCCUCGAGACGUCCAGCAGGAGGUCUUUGAGAAGCAAAUCCAAAUUGCAUGUGAUCUAAAGCGAAGGGGCACCAUUCGACCGCUUUUUCUCCACGAACGAGACGCCCACGAGGACUUUGUUCGCAUUCUCAGCAAGUACCGCGAUCAGCUGCCCAAUGUGGUCGUCCACUGCUUCAGCGGCACUCAGGAGGAGUGCAAGGUCUACCUCGAAAUGGGUUUCUACAUUGGUCUUACCGGUUACAUCUCCAAGCUGAAGCCGGACAAUGGACUGAUGAAGAUGCUCGAAGAGAAGACCUUGCCAAUUGAUCGGUUAAUGCUCGAAACCGACAGCCCUUACUGCUACCCAAACACUAGAAGCAAUAAAAUGACUGCCAAAGUCAAGGAAACACUGACUGAGAAAUCACUGAGCCACCUGAAUAGGUACUGUUCUUUUCAGCGGAACGAACCCUCUAGUCUGCCGGUGACACUGGAGAUAGUGUCCUCGUACCUGAACAUGAAGCCAGAGGAUGUCGCCAUCAAGACCACACUGAACGCCAUCUCCUUCUUUGGCAUCUCGCCCUAG